UGCUGCUGCGUCUGCUGCUGAGUCUGCUGCUGGGUAUGCUGCUGCGUCGCUGGAUCGGGAUCCCCCUCGUAAUCUGGCAGGAUUAUCCUUUGGACAGAAAGUGGCUGGCCAAAGAUAAGAGCCACUAUUCUUUCUCGGGGAGUUUGGCCGCUGAGCUCCUCCUCUUCGAUACGGACCAGCGUUGGAAGCGAUUCCUCGGAGAUGGCCGGAUCUGGAUGUUGUUGUUGAUGGCUGCUCCGAUCCUGAUUUCGAGGUUGCAGCGGGCGGAAGUGUUGAAGCAGCUGUUGCAGAUAUCGUGGCAAGCCAAGGAGUUGGCAUGGAACACUUCGUCGAUUGUGUCUAGAUUGCUUUGCACCCGUCGCAGCUGGGAAUCGGAUGUAAGUGCGCCCCAAACCGGAAGACCAUAUUGCCAAAUGGGCAUGAUGAGCUGCUUGAUGACUAUAGCCUUGGUUUCGCUUGGCAGCCGGCUUUUUGGGCCAGCAAGCCAGUCCAGUUUGGCCGCUCUUGAUCGGAGUUUUGUGCAGAUCCUCGUGAUGUGUGAGCUUAGGGUGAUUUGGACAGCUCCAAUGCAUCCACAAUCUGCAUCAGCUCAGGCAGUGUGACUGGUCUGAAGGGAAUCCUGGUUUCCUGGUCCGGUUGUAGCUGCUUCUGCCGUUUUGACUGCUCACGCUCUCUGUUGAUUGCGGCCCGCUCUUCAUCUGAAUUGGACAGUAUCGGGCUGAAUCUCUCCUCCAGGAUUGUGAGCCCCUUGUUAAGACGAUUUUGCGCCGCCCUGUAGUUUCGUCUGGCUUCGAUGGUGCGGGUCGCCAGCCAGAUCCUCUUGCACUGCUGUUUGAUGGAAAGCAGCUCGCUUGUAGCCUCGUCCAGCUUAAGGUGAUGGUGCCGGUGAUGUUGCUGUGACCGCUGCUGAUGUUGAUGCUGACGCUGCUGUGGCCAUCUUCGAUGUGUGCUUGGGUGCUGCUGUUGAUGUUGUGUUGAUGCUGCUGCUGCUGCUACCCGUAUAUUGUUCAAAAACAAGUCAACGACGUCAUCAAUGUCCUGCGCUAUUCUAAUCUCGGUGUUGAGAUUGAUCAACCGUUCCAGCGACUUUUGGAACAGGCUGAUAUUGGCACGUGCUGGGAGCAGAUGUUUCCUGACUGUGGGCGUAGGAUGUCUACGUCCACCGCUGCCGAUCGUCAACUCCACCCUGAGCAGCAAGUGAUCAGAGUCCAAAUCCGAGCUUGAACGGAUACUCAGGGAUAGUGUGUGGCACCACCGGUGGCCAGCAAAUUGCAGCCGUUGUUGGUGUGUACAGCCUCCAUCAGUGCUUUCCCUCUGGCGCAUCCACGGACAUUUCCCCACCACAUAUGCUUCGCGUUCCAGUCACCGCAUACAAGGAAGCCGGAUGCUGUUUCUUCGACGCAGAGUUCUUCAAAAUGUCUUAUCAAUCCAGUAAAAUGGGCAGGCGCCCACUUGAAUACAGGCGGACAGUAGAUCGGCGCAAAAAUAAUUCCCUUUUUAUUUUCCU